UAUAACCUCGUACAACGAUCGAUUUCAAACUUCCACGGUUCAUUUCGGAUUCUAUUGCGCUCGUCGUACAUUCGUACCGCGUGUCCUUACUGGCUAUGCAAGGUCUCCUUUGUGUUUUACACAAGUAUUUUAUUGGGUGAAGGUUUUCCAAGUUUCCUGGAGUGAUGCCGCAAGGCAGAAGAAAGGUGCCUUUCAGUGGCAAGGCGAAAAAAUUACAAAUGCAAGCCAAAAAACUCCGACAAACGCACGUGCCGCCUCCCGGUUCGACAGCGAAGAUUCAUGGGGGACAACGGGGAGACCAGGAAUCCGUGAUUUUAUCGUCUGGAGUCCAGAAAAUAAAUUUGCAACCGCGUGCAACUAAUUCCUCAGGAAAUAAAUACGCGUUGCAGUUCUACCAGGAAUCCAAGGAGGAACUUAUGAAGAGAAAAGAAGAGGCCCGACAAGGGAUUGUCCCGGUACCAUUGGAAAAGCAAGAAAUUUCUGACAAUUUUUUUCCACCUGAAAUCGAUUUGCCAAAAAGACCACCAUGGGAUUUCAACACCGGCAAAGAUGUGCUCAAUGCGAAGGAACAUAGAUAUUUUACCGAAUAUUUGAAGAAUAUCGAGAACGUGAGCGGUCUGAGUUACUUCGAAUUGAAUCUGGAGACGUGGCGACAGUUAUGGAGAGUCUUGGAAAUGUCGGAUAUACUUUUGAUCAUAGUAGAUAUUCGAUAUCCGGUGCUGAUGUUUCCUCCCUAUUUGUACGAAUAUGUGACCAAGACAUUGGGAAAAGAUAUGAUAUUGGUGUUGAAUAAAAUCGAUUUAGCGCCCGCUGGUUUAGUUAUCGCUUGGCGCGAUUACUUCAAUAUUCGUUACCCAAAAUUGCACGUAUUGACGUUCACCUCAUUCCCAACUUACAAUCUCCGCGGUCAAUCCGAGGAAUCCACCGGAGCGGGAAAAUCAGAAGGGCUGAGAACGCGUCGCCUCAAAGGAAAAUUGAGGAUGGCUGCUGAGGGUGCUAAAAAAUUAUUGGAAGUCUGCGAACAGAUCGUCGGAGACGCCGUCGAUUUGAGUUCCUGGUGUGAAAAAAUUCACGAGGAAAUGGAGUCGGAUUCCGUGAUCGAUGAAGUAGCCAGAAGCACACAAGCAGCUCAAACUGAAAAAGAAGAUACUGGCUUUUAUGAACACGAACGUUACAAAGAUGGAAUGUUGACGAUCGGGUGUCUCGGUACACCGAACGCUGGAAAAUCAUCCCUGAUGAAUGCGCUGAUGGGAAAAAAAGUGGUCAGCGUAUCGAAAACACCGGGCCACACGAAACACUUUCAGACGAUAUUUUUGACGAAAACGGUUCGCCUGUGCGAUUGUCCGGGACUCGUAUUCCCCUCCACGGUUCCCAAGCAGCUACAAAUCCUCAUGGGGUCGUUCCCGAUUGCACAAGUCAAGGAACCGUACACCACGGUGAAAUUUAUCGGCGAAAGAUUGAACUUACCGCGGCUUUUGAAUAUCCGACACCCGGAAAAUGACGACACCUGGUCCGCGAUGGACAUCUGCGACGGCUGGGCAUCCAAACGGAAUUAUUUGACCGCGAGAACCGCACGAUUCGAUUCGUACCGAGCUGCGAAUUCCUUGCUACGAAUGGCGCUUGACGGAAAAAUUUGCCUCUACGUCUACCCGCCAGGAUGGGCUGCUUCGAAAGACGAUUGGGAAAAACAUCCCGACGUCGAAAUGAUCCGAUGGAUUCAGGCGAGGAGUCACGCUAGCGAGCGUCCAACUUACCAAUCUGCCAUUCUCUCUUCCGAGGAAGAGGAAGAGGAUGAGGAAGAUGAGAACAAUGAGGACGAGGAUGAAAAUGAGGAUGAGGAUGAUGGGGACGACGACGACGACGACGACGAGGACGAGGAUGAAGAUUCCGUAGGACUUUCGGGAGCAGGUUCCAGUAUUCCACCGAUCGUCAACAAGUUCGAUGCGUUGGCUAAAACAGCAUAAGAAUUUAAUUGGCGUCACUUAUUUUCAAAAUUGAACUGUUCUUCCAUUUUUAUUUGGCACGUGAUACCUGGGUUUAUUAUUAAAAUAUAUGUUACUCGUGAUAUUUUUGCUAA